AUGAGACGAAGACCAGGCACAGGUAAUCAAUCACCGGGACAAUCAACAAGAGAAUCAUUAUCUUCAUAUCGAUUUGAAUCAAGUUUUUUUUCAAAUCAUACAUUUCAAACUAUUGUAAUAACAUCAAUAGCAUGGUCAAUUAUUACGGGUAUUAGUAUAUUUAUAGCAAAUCAAUAUUUUUCAUCCAUAAGUUGUCCACAAAAUAAAAUUAUUCAAAAUGCUGUCUGUGGUGUUGGUCAUGCAUUAACUCGUUUUUGUCCAGAUACAUAUCGUCCUGAAGAUACAUAUGAUCAUCCAUCAAAAAAUGAACCAAUAAAAUCUACACAUAAAAUCUCAAGUAGAAGCCUUCCAACAAUAGAAUAUACCGAUAUAUAUGAAGAUAAAGCAUGUGAUAGAUAUGGAAAAUGUGAUCAAGGCUAUCGAAUUCCUGCUGCAUCUUCAAUAAAAAGUGCAAAUCCAUCAAAUUGGCCAGGAGAAAUGGGUACACCUUUUCUUCCACCGGCGAAUCUUGAAGAAGAAUCUAAACGUCGAUUUCCAGAAAAUAUGUUUGAUAUUGCUGUUAGUGAUAAAAUUGCAUUAAAUCGUGCAAUGCCAGAUAUAAGAAAUGAUCAAUGUAAAGCUCAUGCAGCAUUUAAUAAUAAUCUACCAAAUACAUCGAUUAUUAUUGUUUUUCAUAAUGAAGGAAAUUCAACAUUAUUAAGAACACUUGUUAGUAUUAUUAAUCGAACACCAUGGAGAUUAAUUCAUGAAAUUAUUUUACUUGAUGACGCAAGUGUUGAUCGAGAAUAUCUUCAUGAACCAUUACAAAGAUUUAUUGAAACACUUCCAGUUAAAACAAUUCUUCUUAAAAAUGAAAAACGUUUAGGUUUAAUUGGAUCAAGAGUUAAAGCGGCAAAAGUUGCAACAGGAGAAACAUUAAUGUUUCUUGAUUCUCAUGUCGAAGUUCUUCAUGGAUGGCUCUUAUAUUUACUUGAAGAAAUACAAAAAGAUCCAAAAUCUAUUGUAUGUCCAAUAAUUGAUGUAUUAACAUGGAAUGCAUUUGAAUUAUUACAUGGUGCAACAGAUAUAUUUGGAACAUUUAGUUGGAAAAUGAUAUUUCGUUGGUCGAAAAUUCAAGGUUCAGCAAAUAAAGAUUUUUCAUUACCAAUUCGUACACCAACAAUGGCUGGUGGACUUUAUGCAAUCGAUCGUCUUUAUUUUGAAGAAUUAGGAAUGUAUGAUGAAGGAAUUAAAAUUUGGGGUGGAGAAAAUCUUGAAAUGUCAUUUAAAUGUUGGAUGUGUGGUGGAAGAAUAUUAAUUCAUCCGUGUUCACAUGUUGCACAUGUUUUUCGUAAAGAAACUCCAUAUAAAUUUCUUGAACAUGAAUCAAUAUUUGUUACAAUAUUUAAAAAUUAUAAACGUGUUGCUGCUGUUUGGUUAGAUGAAUAUAAACAUUUAAUUUAUGCUGUUAAUCCUGAUAUUAAAAAUCUGGAUGGUGGAGAUGUUUCAGAUAGAUUAGAACUGAGAGAAAGAUUAAAUUGUUCAUCAUUUAAAAGUUAUUUACAAAUGUUUAAAUUAAAAAAUUUUCCAUUUAAUCAUCGAUAUAUUGGAUCAAUUUCAACAACAAAUCGUCGUUGUUUAGAUUCAAUGAUGGGUCCAGAUAUAUCCAAAGGUGUUAAUACACCAGUUUUAGCUCAAGCUUGUCAUUCCGAUGGUGGAAAUCAAAUAUUUUUAUAUACAACAACAAAUAAAAUCUAUUUUGAUGAAUUAUGUUUGGAACCAAGUGAUGAAAAAACAACGAAUAGGAAAAUUAUUUUUACAAUGUGUCAAGAUGAUAAAUUUGAACAAAAUUGGGAAUAUGAUGAAAAGACACUUCAAUUAAAAAAUCAAUUUUAUGAUAGAUAUUGUUUACAAGCAUUAAGCAAUGCUGAUGUUAUUCUUGCACCAUGUGAUACAUAUGCACCAGGUCAAAAAUGGUCAUUUAAUCAGGAAGUUGAUUUAAAUAAUUAG